AUGGUCGACCGGGACUGUAGAAUAACGAGGCCGGCAUUGCUUUGUUGGCCCACUCCGAGGGUCGUGGUGAUGGCUAGCAUAAGGUGGCUGGGACAUAUGCCAGGAUCACUGAGGAGACCAGGCCUCUCAUGCUGGAACUUUGCCAGGGGACCUGCUGUUUACUCUGCACCUUGCUCAAUUUGGCCGAGGUUUCAUAAGCUUCCGAUUCAGAUCCCGGCGGGUGGCUUUCUGCGAGGUUUUGCAGCGCCGCUGGUGAUGCCAGGUCGUCGUUUUUCGCGGCCGGAUAUCAUCACCAACAACAUCAUGCGAGCAGAUUCAGCAAAAGAAGUGCUCCAAGUCAUCAGCAACGAAAUUGCAAACCCGGACUUGGACCUCACCGCUGUCUCUGCAGCCAUUGUGCGAAUAGCCCAUUUACAGGACACAUUGACAGCUGAUGUGCGCGCCGAUCCACAAUUCAGUGUGGUUUUUGCAUUGGGAGGAUCCAUGCUUCGGAGCGUCGCAAAGCGGGGCAAAACAUCUGACCAGCGCCAAUGCAGCAACAUCUUAUGGGCUGUGGCGAAGCUGGACCAGCGAAUGUCGACACAGCUCAGUUCGCUUCGGGCAUCAUCACUGGCAGCUGUCAAGGCCACAGCGUCACACAUGGAUGCACAGGGAGCUGCCAACAUAGUUUGGGCUGCUGCACGGCUGCAGUUGUCCCAGGCCGAAAGAGAAGAGGUGCUAGCUGCCGUCGCUGGCAGACUAGGCGACGUCGUGGACAAACUGAAGCCACAGGAUGUUGUAAACAUCCUUCGAGGAGCUGCUGAUCUGAGGAGCCGGUCAGCAAAGCUUUUCCCAAGCUUACCCUUGCUACGGAAUGCUGCAGAACGAGUGUUGCCUGAUUUCAACGAACAGCAUAUUGCUGAUGUGAUAUGGUCCUGCGCCAAGCUGAAGGAUGUCCCGGAGCUUCCUAAGCUGGUGCCGAUCUUCGUUCCACGUGUGAAAGAACACUUAUCCAGCAGAAGCCUUCCGUGCGUGGCCAUGGUCAUCUGGUCCCUCGCAGAGUUGCAUCAGCAGUGCCCAGUUUCGGUUCAGUUGUUGCCAUCGCUAUUGGACGCAUUCAUGAAGGCUGACAGUGCAAAGUUGAAUCCUAUGGAAAUUUCUGAGGUGUUGCGCGCAGUUGCGAUGCUGCAGCAGCUGCCCGAAGUGGUGGCAACAAGCGAGAGGCUAUGCAAGAAGGCGUGCAAGUUGGAUAGACCGUUUGCAACACAAGGUGUCGCCACGAUUUUAUGGUCUGCUGGCAUUCUGCGUUUAGAAGGGGCAACAUCAGCACCGCUCCUGCAACGGAUGUGCAAGGAGGCCCGCUCGACCCUUUCAUCGUUCAGCCCACCACAGAUCUCGAACUCCUGCCUGGGUUUGGCGCUGAGUGGUUGGAAGGACGCUGCCCUCAUGGAUGCCUUUGCAGAUGCAAUGGUAAAGAAGGUUCGAGAUGCAGAUGCAGCUGUUGUGACGACGUGUCUGCCGCCUAUGAUGUACUCGCUCGCGAAGCUGCAAAUGCCAGGCCACGAGCCGUUGCUGAAUGCUUGUGUGGGCAAGUUCGACACCGUGCUUCCAACCAUUUCGGACCUGGCGCUGGGUGAUCUUGCUUGGUCAUAUGAGAAAUUGGACAGCGAGAAUCGGUACGCGGCCUUCCGUUCGGCUCUCCAGGACGAAAUCACCAAGCGGAGCGUAUCUCUUGAACAGGUGGAGUGCAGAGAGGUCGGCCCGGAGAGCUGGCUGCAUGGAGAUGAAGACUUUCCUCAUCCUUCUUCUCGAAGGAGGUUCGGAGAUGAUGAUGUUCCUAUCCUGGACGAGAUGUAG